AUGGAACAAGCCAGGGACGGGCUCCAUUGGCAAAUAUCAGGUGACACAGCGGUUCCAAAGGACUAUGAAAAGGAUCUGGCCACGUUCCGCAGAUUGGAAGCGCAGAACAAGAUAGUAUUCAAAGCACACCCCAGCUUGCAUGCGUUUCCGUGGUCCAUACCACCCAAAGUGUCGAACCACAAUAUAAACCAAGCGUUGAAGAAACUUUCUUUUGCACGAGCAAAAGGAGAGCUCGCUCCGGCGCUGACCAAAGUCGUCAACAGACUCGAGGCAAGGGCAAAACACGACGACGGGCUGUGGCAGGCCUUGCAGCAAACCCCGAACCAAUUGUGGAGGCACCGAAACGCGAUCACAGAGUAUCAAGUCUGGAUCAACUACAGAUUGGCGGUCUCACAGCUAAAUCUAUACUUUGACGGACGACAAACUGACAACAGCUGCAGGAAGCUGGCGAGCUGCAAAGAACACAAGGAAACCUUAGCUCACAUCUUUUGGGAAUGUCCUUGUGCGAAUACGUACUGGGAAGCGCUAGUAACGCGCUGGACUGGGCAACGCUGGCAACAGCAUGAUCUGGCUAAGUUCAAGGCGAAUUGUAUGUCAAGAUCGCCGCCGAAACUGUCGUCGGUGAUGCAGGCUAGGCUGCAAGCAACCUUCACAGACGAAGUGGAGGCGUACGUGAUCGAGUGGAACCGAGUGUGGUGGAUACUCAGUUCCAUUUGUAUAACGGUCCUGUGGAUCCAAAGAAACCGGGUGACCCAUCAGCAGGAGCAAGUUACGCAGCAAGGAAGUAAACAAGAAUUUUUGAAGACUGGGCUGCAGCAAUUGAGGGCACUGACGCGACGCGAACGUCGGCACCCACACACCAAAAUACAAGGCACGCGCCUGCUCCUCUGUUUAGGAAUGUUGGCGCGACCGCUUCAAGAGGCACCACCGCAAGGUGUGAGUCAAGUACAACCACCAGAUCGCACGAUGACACCGGCGUUGAUAUCCUGGCUUAGGAAAUUCCAGACAUCUUGUAAACAGUAA